GCGGCUCCCGGCGGGCGGCGGAGCCGAGGCCGCACGGAGGGACGGGACCGGGGAUCUGUCGAUUCUGUCCAGACCUGCAGCAAAACAACUCCACAAAAAGAAACACCUUCAAAGCAAAGAUGAAUAUUGGGAAAGCUUACAGUGCUGCCAACAUCAGCAAUGGAACAGAUCUAGCUAUUGGCUUUGCUUCUUCCACAGUAGCUGUCCUUCUAUUUGGGACAAACUUUGUGCCUGUCAAGAAAUUUGAUACUGGUGAUGGCAUGUUCUUCCAGUGGAUUCUCUGUGCCUCCAUAUGGAUAGUUUCUUUGGUGGUCAAUUUGAUCCAGAAUUGCCCCCGCUUUUGGCCCCUGGCUAUGGUUGGAGGUUUUGUGUGGGCUACAGGCAAUGUUACAGUUGUCCCUAUUGUUAAAACUAUUGGCUUAGCUCUUGGUCUUUUGAUAUGGGCUUCUUUUAAUUUGCUGACAGGCUGGGCAAGUUCAAGGUUUGGUUGGUUUGGAAUUGACCCAGAAGAGGUAUCAAGACCAAUCUUAAAUUAUAUUGGAGCUGGACUUUCACUUAUAAGUGCUGUCAUAUUUCUUUUUAUAAAAACUGAAGUCCAGAGUUCUUCAACUUCAUUAGAAAGCACACCUUUACUGAGAGAAAGUUCUAUAAAUGUUUCUGAAGAGACCACUGAAGACUCAUGGGUGAACAAACUUUCUCCAGCAAAAAGGAGACUCAUAGGCUGUAGCCUGGCUGUAGUGGCUGGAAUAUUCUAUGGUUCCAGUUUUGUACCAGUGCUUUACAUCAAGGACCAUGGAAGAAGAAAUGAAACUGUGUACACAGGAGCGAGUCAGUUUGAUUUAGAUUAUGUUUUUGCGCACUUCAGUGGAAUAUUUCUUACAAGUACCAUCUACUUCUUGAUCUAUUGUGCAGUCAGGAAGAAUAAACCUUAUGUUUAUCCGCAAGCCAUAUUGCCAGGGUUUGUUUCUGGUGUGCUUUGGGCAAUAGCCAAUUGCUGCUGGUUCCUGGCCAAUCACUAUCUCAGUGCUGUUGUCAGCUUUCCAAUAAUUACUGCAGGUCCUGGCCUUGUUGCUGCAAUGUGGGGAGUCCUUGUAUUUAAGGAAAUCAAGGGACUGAAAAAUUACAUGCUACUGUCAGUAUCGUUUUGCAUCAUUUUGGCUGGAUCACUUUCCACAGCUUUUUCUAAAGUUUGAAAGGACCUUCUGGACCAGUAGAUGGUGCUAGCGUUUAACACAAAUAGAAAGACCAUGUUGGUAGAUCUCAAUGCAUAAUAAUUUUCAAAAUGCAUAUCCAACAUUUACACUAACUUACUUCAGCCAAGUGGAAAAUGAAAACAUUUGGCAUGAAAGAAAAUCUGGAAAUAUUUGUUCCUGUUUUUCUUGUAAUAGUAAGAAAAUCAAAGGACUUUAUUAAUCAAAGCUAAAUGAUUUUAUUGUUACUAAUUUUUUGGUUUUUCAUUCAGGUGCUAAACUUCAUGUCAUCAUAAAUUUUGGAUAAAUUGUUGUGAUAGUGGAUAGUGAUUUUAAUGUUAGUUUAUAAUACUCUAUGUGUUUGCAAGCUGAUUUGUUUUAUUAAAACAUUUUUCUUACUGAUGUAAAUAUAAGAUACAUCUUGAAAUAUUCCUUAUGAAACUGAUAUCCAUGAAAAUAAUAAAGCUUUUAUUUAGAAGCGUUGUUCUUUAAACUCAUGAGUGUACAUGAAAAUGUUAUCUUCCAGUCACUUCAGAUUUGCGAAGAAGAUUGAGUAAAAAGGGUGCUGCGAGUAAAAAGGGUGCUGCAAAAUUACUUUUGUUUCAUGUUUUCCAUAACCACCCUAACAGGGACAACUGUUUAUUUUCUUACUUGUGGCAGCUAACCUUCAUGUAUGCAGAGCAUGUUUUUUGAAUCUCCCCUUAGCCUUUUCUUCAGUACAUUAGACACCCCCAGCUCCUUCAGUCUUCUCUUGCCUGUAACUUGCUUGCAAUUUCUAUGUGUCUUUCCUGACAAUAGAAUGGUUUGGCUGGAAGGGACUUCAAAAUCAUCUAGGCCCAACCCCUUUGCUGAGGGCAGGGAUGCAAUUUACUAGACCAUGUUGUUGAGGGCCCCAGACCUUGAACACUUCCAGAGAUAAGACAGAAGCAGCUUCUCUGGACAGCCUAUUCAAGUCUUUCACCACCACCUGAGUAAGGAAUUUCAUGCUAACAUCUAAUCUAAACCUAAUCUCUUUCAGUGUAAAACCAUUGGCCCUUGUCCUGUCACUGUCUGCCCAUAUAAAAAGUCCCUCUGCCUCCUUUUUGUACACCACCUUAAGCUUCUGGAAGGCUGCAGUGAGGUUUCCCUGAAGCUUUCUCCAUGCUGAUCUCUCACAAAGUGGACUGGGUCUGUGUAGAAUACCAAAACAUAGCAGUCAGGCUACAUCUUGUAGCCAAAAGCUAGGAAGAGCAGCAGUAAGACUAUGGGUGUUUUUCCCCAUCCCAUUUGCAAGCUCUGUUCAUAGUUAGGCAUCACAACUUUUUGCUAUCAUGACUUGAUAUUGUUAACAUGUUUAGAUUGCAAUCAUAAUUUCUCCUUUCUCCCUUCCACCUUUGUCUGCUCUGCACCAGAUUUGGUUUUAGAACAGUUACUCAGCUUGCUUUUUCCUGGCUUGUGUUGUUUAUUCCUACCUAGGUGUCAGAACUUGGUGUCUGACAGUUUUUUCCUCCUUUAAGGCAUUUCUCUAAUGUCAAACUUGUUCUCCAACAAGGUGGCAGCAUUUUUCAGCCAGAUGUCAUCUGCAAAUUUAAUAAAUGUACUCUCUAAUUGCUAUAAAUAAUUAAUGAAAAUGCUGCAUGUUACUGGCCUUUACUUACAUUUUGGUAUCUAAUACUUCUUUUUACUUUUCAGGGAACAAUUGAUUAACCUUUGAGUACAAUUUUCCUGUCUUGCAGUGCUUUUGUUUAGACUGUGUUCUCAGAGCUUUUACAUAACAUCAGGUAGAAAAGUCAUGGUACAUGAUGUUUUCUACUAAUACCUGAUAUUGAACUGAAAAGUGGUAUUUUUUUUCUGUCCAGUACCCGGGUCAGGCACAAUUUCUCCUUGACAGACAUCGACUGUUACUUACCUAGCCAUUAUUCUAUUGACUCAGACAAGGACAAGUAUUAUAUUCAUUGUGGUUUUGAAAUAACUUGUAUUAAACAGGACAUUUAUUCAUUUCCUUGGUUCUGUUUAAUUUCUUAAAGUUCACAGUCUUAAGGAUUCCCUUCUUAAAUAUUCCAGGAAUUUAUUCCAUGCCAGAAAGUUGCUGAUCAACAAAGAAUUGGAAAAAUGAAAACACAAUAUCCUUAGGCUCCUCAGG